AUGAAGGUUUUCUUGCUGCUGUCCCUCCUCGCCUGCGUCCUCCCCAGGGGACAAGGCAUGGUUUUCACGCGGUGUGAGCUGGCUCAGAAGCUCCAGGAAUUGGGGUUAGAUGGCUACGCCGGCUACAGCCUGGCUAACUGGGUCUGCACGGCCUACCACGAGAGCCGCUACAACACGGCCGCCACACACUACAAUGACUACGAUGGCAGCACCGACUUCGGCAUCUUCCAGAUCAACAGCCGGUACUGGUGCCAGUAUGGCUCUCAGCAAAGUUCCAACAUCUGCGGGAUUCAGUGCUCUGAACUGCUGACAAACAACAUCGCCGUAGACGUGGCUUGCGCCAAGACUGUGGUCACCGACUCUGCCAAUGGAAUGGGAGCCUGGUGA